ACGUGACGUAUUUCCGGCGGAAGUAGCCGGUCAGCUGCACUGUAUUACGGGAAGCGUUUCAUUUUGCUAAUACAAACGCAGUGUUUUCUUCUUUCUAUACACUUAAAUGCUGCCUGUCUUAUUGCAGAUUACCGAAACUAAAAGUACACCAGAUUGGGUACGUUUGGCGCAGUCAGAAUGAAUACGGAGAAGGACUUUUCGCCUUUGACGCCCAAUAUUGUGAGAGCGCUAAAUGACAAACUGUACGAGAAAAGGAAGGUAGCCGCUUUGGAAAUAGAGAAACUGGUGCGGGAGUUUGUGGCUCAGAACAACUCUACUCAGAUAAGACAUGUCAUACAGAUCCUGGCCUCGGAAUUUGCGCUUUCCCAGCACCCCCACAGCCGCAAAGGGGGUCUCAUUGGACUUGCAGCCUGCUCCAUAGCCCUCGGUAAGGACUCGGGACUGUAUCUGAAGGAACUCAUCGAGCCUGUACUCACGUGUUUCAAUGACUCUGAUAGUCGUCUACGUUACUAUGCAUGUGAGGCUCUCUAUAAUAUUGUCAAAGUUGCCCGAGGAGCUGUACUCCCUCACUUCAACCUGCUUUUUGAUGGUCUGAGUAAACUUGCAGCGGACCCAGAUCCUAACGUGAAAAGUGGAUCAGAGCUACUGGACCGACUGCUUAAAGAUAUAGUGACAGAAAGUAACAAGUUUGAUCUCGUGGCGUUUGUCCCACUGCUCAGAGAGAGAAUCUACUCAAACAAUCAAUAUGCCAGACAAUUUAUAAUUUCCUGGAUUCAAGUCUUGGAGUGUGUGCCAGACAUUCACCUUCUUGAUUACCUUCCUGAAAUCCUGGAUGGCCUGUUCCAGAUUUUAGGAGACAAUAGCAAAGAGAUUCGUCGGACAUGUGAGGUGGUGUUGGGGGAAUUUCUCAAGGAGAUUAAAAAGACCCCCUCCAGUGUGAAGUUUGCAGAAAUGGCCAACAUCCUUGUCAUCCACUGCCAGGUCGCAGAUGAGAGCAAACUUACCAAUGACCUAAUUCAGCUGACUGCUAUGACCUGGAUGAGAGAGUUCAUCCAGUUGGCAGGUCGAAUAAUGCUCCCUUACUCCUCUGGUAUUCUGACUGCAGUAUUGCCUUGUCUCUCAUACGACGACAGAAAGAAGAACACAAAAGAAGCUGCCAGUUCUUGUAACCACAGUCUGAUGAAACUUGUGACCCCUGAAGAUGACGAUGAUGAGGAAGAAGAGGUGAAAAGUGAAAGCCCACAUUCACCAUCUCGAGAGGAGCCCAAAGUGCAGUCAGAUGGGAGUGACAUGUUAAAUGCCUCACAGGAGUCUGUUGGUUUUAGCAACAUUAGCUUCUUUACCCCGGCUAGCACAGACCGAACUCAGGUGACCCUUGACCUGGAUGGUAUUGUUCAAGUGCUUGACCGCCACCUCCAUGACUCCUCCACCGGCAUGAUGACACGUAUAGCCGUUCUAAAAUGGUUGUACCACCUGUACAUCAAAACGCCUCGCAAAAUGUUUCGUCACACUGACAGUCUUUUCCCUAUGCUCCUCAAAACCCUCUCUGAUGAGUCUGAUGAGGUCAUUUUAAAAGACCUGGAAGUUUUGGCUGAGAUUGCCUCAUCUCCUGCAGGGCAAACAGAUCUGGCAGGGUCAUGUGACAACACUGACAACAAACUGGAGUUAAAGGUUCCUGACAAGUCCGGACAGCACCCAAGUGCCAAAACAAUUGAUUCAUCCCCUUCUACUCCAAGUAUGAAUUCCUAUUUUUACAAGUUCAUGAUCAACCUGCUCAAACGCUUCAGUUUAGAAAGGAAACUACUGGAAAACCGAGGAGCUUUUAUCAUCAGACAGCUCUGCUUGUUACUUCAUGCAGAGAACAUCUUUCACUCGAUGGCUGAUAUAUUGCUCAAAGAAGAAGACCUCAAAUUUGCCUCCACCAUGGUCCAAACCCUGAACACCAUCCUGCUCACUUCUGCUGAGCUCUUUCAGUUGAGGAAUCAGCUCAAGGACUUGCGUACCCCAGAGAGCUGCACUUUGUUCUGCUGCCUGUACCGAUCCUGGUGCCACAACCCUGUUGCCACUGUAUCACUUUGUUUCCUCACGCAAAAUUACGAACACGCCUAUGAUCUUAUUCAGAAAUUUGGAGAUCUGGAAGUGACUGUAGACUUUCUGAUGGAGGUGGACAAACUUGUGCAGCUCAUAGAAAGCCCCAUCUUUACCUACUUGCGUCUUCAACUGUUGGAUGUGGAGAAUAAUCCAUAUCUGAUAAAGGCUCUGUAUGGUCUGCUGAUGUUGCUGCCUCAAAGUCAGGCCUUCCAGCUUCUGUCCCAUCGCUUGAGGUGUGUCCCAAACCCGGAGCUGAUGCGCACUGUGGAUAAAUCCAAGUACAUGGACUCGAAACAGCAGGUGGCAUCCAAACGUACUUCCCAUAUUCAGAUUGACGAGCUACUGCAGCAUUUCGACCGCGUCCAGAGCAAACACCUGGAAGUCAGACACCAGCGCUCAGGGCGGGCCAAUGAGCACUCUGACAGAAAGAUUAUUUAAAUGUAUAUGCCAAUCUGAAGGGAAAAAACCCCCCCCAAACAUUCCAGUGUGGAAAGUGUAUUGUAAUUAUUGAAUUCUAAUAAAACCAAAUCUUCACUGUAUAUUUACAGAUUGUCUUAUAAAGUGUGUCAUGUUAAAUUUCAAUUAUGAAGGUAUCUCUUUAAUAUUAAUAUACAUAAUUAAUGUGUUUGCCAUGUAGCACACUGUGCACAUUAAAUUCCCUCAUGUUUUUUUUUUACAAUUUCACAUUAUUUGAACUGAUCACACAAUUGAGCAUCAGCCUAUUUCUUAAAGCAUGAGUCACUGUCACAGUAUUGUCAUGGUAUGACCAGCUGACCUAACCACAUGCUCAUUGCCUUAUUUAAAAUCAGAUGCUGUUUCAACUAUGUGUUACAUUUAAAUGUGGUGCAGCUACAUUUGGCAUUUGAUUUCCUUUUCACUUCUUUUCUUUCACAUUCUUUAGUUUAAGUAGAUAUUUUUUGGUGUAAUAAUGUUACAUUCAGGAGAUUAUUUGCACUGUCAUUGUUCUUAAAACCUAAUAAAGUGUAAAGUGUAAUCA